UCAAUCAAGCAUCAUUAGUGAAAAACAAACUUUGCUGGGAAAAUAUACAUUUCGUCGUUUCUUGCGAUAAAAGUUAGUAAACAAAAUGGGCGACAAUUUUGGUAUUCAUCGUGGAGCUGCUAAGAAGACCGCGGAGCCCGCUGAAGAUCGUACGCAGGGACAGAUUUUGAGCGAUUUUCUGGCUCAGCUGGAAGACUACUCUCCGACGAUCCCGGAUCCCGUGACAGGCCACUACUUGAACUCUGCUGGAUUCGAAAGUUCCGAUCCAAGAAUCGUACGGCUAAUCUCUAUCGCUGCACAGAAAUUCAUCUCGGACGUGGCAAAUGAUGCACUGCAACACUGCAAGACACGCACGAACAGUGCCCCGACAUCCGGACACGGUUCGUCGAAGAAUCAAAACCAAAAGUCGUCUAAGGACCGCAAGUACACGCUCACCAUGGAGGAUUUGCAACCAGCGCUGAACGAUUACGGCAUUACCGUCCGCAAGGCACACUAUUUUGUUUAGUAGCAUUUUCGAAAAAAUCCCUCUUCAAUUAAUGUUAUUAUGAAAAGUGAUCAAAAAGUAACUACGUGUGUCCGUUCUCUAUAUAACUUCCGUGCAACAUUCGUCUAAAUAAAGGACAGUUUCUUCGAUUAGCAAUGUAUUUGAAAUUCAACUUCCGUCUUCCGCAGCGAGUAGCUACGUACUCAUUUUGAGCGCAAUCUGGACUCUCUGGCCAAGGAGAUUUAUAUCUCUCAUUUAGUGUUGUUAUUACCACA